AUGGCAGCUGACGGCCUCGACGCCUCUUCCCGGGUCAUCCUCAAAGGAUCCGGUAACUGGGACGUGUGGAUCAGUGUAAUCCGCAAGUUCGCCAAGAACCAGCAAGUCUGGGACUACAUCAACCCCGAUGUUGUACAGAAGCCGAGUUUGACCCCACCAGUCGAACCGACUCCGGGACAAGUCCAGGAGAACGCCGCUGAGAUACAACAAUUGCAGGGUGACAGCCUUAGCAAAUUCCAAAUCCUUGAGGCACGGCAUCGAAGCCAACUUCAGAUCUACAAGGACAAGACAAAAGCUUUGGCAACGCUACAAGAGUACAUCGUCAAAACCGUUGGCAGGUACUAUGAUAUCAUCGCCAAAGAAGAUGAUAUCGCAAAAGAACUCACAAUCCUAAAGAACCGCGUCAAACCAACUGACUGGGCACGGGAGAGUGAAGUCACGGAUCGNCCCCGGCCAGGACCUAUCCAUAAGCGAGAUUAA